AUGGCACCGGCGGCGUCGAGGCUGCGGACCGAGGCCGGGCUGGGGGCGCUCCCGCGGCGUGCGCUCGCCGCGUACCUGCUGCUCCUGCGGCUCUACCCGGUGUUCACCAAGGCGGCCACCAGUGGCAUUUUGUCAGCACUUGGGAACAUCUUGGCCCAGAUGAUUGAGAAGCGAAAAAGAGAAAACUCACAAAAUCUGGAUGUCACUAGGCCUCUCAGAUAUGCGGCUUAUGGGUUCUUCUUCACAGGACCCGUGAGCCACUUCUUCUACCUCCUCAUGGACACCUGGAUCCCUCCUGAGAGUCACCUGGCAGGAGUGAAGCGGCUGCUCCUGGACCGCCUGCUCUUCGCCCCAGCCUUUCUGUUGUCCUUCUUCCUCAUCAUGAACUUCUUGGAGGGGAAGAGCAUGUCAACUUUUGUGGCCAAGAUGAGGAGCAGCUUCUGGCCAGCUCUGCAGAUGAACUGGAAAGUGUGGACACCCUUGCAGUUCAUUAACAUCAAUUAUGUCCCUCUACAGUUCCGGGUGCUCUUUGCCAACCUGGUGGCUCUCUUCUGGUACACCUACCUGGCCUCUCUGGGGAAGUGACAAUGGCCUGGGGAGAAUAUUGUGUGCACUGUGAGAGGGACAGAGCCAACCCAGUCAGGACUUUAUCCGACUAAAUGUGAUUCAACAUGUCAUAAAAUUUUAGAUGAUGAAGCAAAAAUCUCUCAAUGUUAGAAUCUUGCAGCUGACAUCGCAAACUCAAAACGUGAUGGAUACAAUUAGGAUCACAUAAACUAAUGUAGCUUCUUUGGUGAUGACUUUAAAUUAAAUUAAAUCUUCUGAGAAA